AUGAAAGGAGGGAAGUCUCUCGAGGAGGUUCGAGAUAUCUUGGAUGAAACACGGAAGUUCAAUCCAUCUCUCCGAGCUUACAAGAACAAGCUUGAAGAAUGGGGCUUCAUAAAGUAUAAUCCACGCAGGAAAAGACCGGCAACUUCCCCCCUGGACCUAGCUAAGGAUCUCGAUAUUGCACAAACCACGGAGGCAGCUUCAGCUCUACUAGUUGGAUCAGAUUCGGAGAGUGUUAAGUGCUAUUUGAAGCAAGUCGAAUACGGGUUGGAGCGUCAAGCAUCUGAGAUCAGACAACAGCGAAUCGUACUUGCCAAGGUGUCUCAAAAGCGCCGUCGGCAAGACCUUGAAUCUGAUACGGAAGGAGUCAAGAACUCGCUGCAGAGAAUCGCCGAAUUCGAGACAUCAGUUACUCGGAUGAGGAAAACUCUCGAGAAGGUGAUGACUUCUGUCAGCGUUCAGACAAGUGGGCCUAUAGGAUUUGCUUCAUGCUGGAAGCAAGAACCUAUGACCUUGGAAGAUGCCCAUGGAAAGCUUCUACCGCUUCCCCUCGAGUUAGUGGUUUCUUGGGAGGCAAGAUAUCCUUCUGAACAAUCACGCCCAGUCGUUGACAUUUCCCAGAUGUUUGAUAGUGUCCUCCUCAGCCACUUUCGGGCACGCGCUGGUAAGAAGAAAGUCCAGAAACGAGAGUUCGAAAUUGAAGAUAGUGUGAGCAGAGGCACAAUGCCCAGGACAAGGUCGUGGUCUCAAUUCUCCGAGCCCGGACGGAAGUUUGAGAUGAGCAUGAUUUUCAAAGAUGCUGGCAGGAGCAGUGUAGUUUGCCCGAAAUGCGACACCAUAUCAAAAGAGAAGAAAGGUGUCCAGGUGGAAUGUUCAAAUCCGGACUGCAAGUUGAUAUUCCGGAUGGAGGAUGAUGAGAAUGCCGACGAAGAAUCUUCAAUUAAAAGGCGACGUCUCUCGGGAUUGGCCAGAGUGGUGACUACGCCGUCAUCUUCUAGGGAUCGGGACUCGGCCUUUGAUGAAGAGCCGGAAGACCUCCCUGGAAUGUUCAAGCGAGUUAUCGUCCGGCUUUUGAGAAAUAAAACGAACUUUACCCAACAUGGUCCCCAGCCUACGGCCUGCACAUACCCGGCGACGUAUGGUUACUCCCAAAACCCACUCCUACCAUUUGAUGGCUCUAUUAUCCCCGAAAUUCUUGAUACAGUUUAUACGUGUAGCUGUGGCAAUGGCUGCCAAUGUAUUGGGUGCGCUGCUCAUCCGUUCAACGAUGCAAGCCUAGAGUACGUCCUAAGGCUCCUAUCAUCUGUAAGUUUAGAACCGAGGGAAUUGUACAACAUCACCCAAACAUCCAUGAACGGGAACAUAUCUUCUCAACCACUCCCAGUUAACACUGUCUCGUCACCAACAGCACACACGCUGUCAAGCACGACUUAUAAAAACGGCGAAGAGCAAUCACUAUCAGCAACUGAAUUCUUCUUCGUUGACUACCCGUUUACAUCAGAAGGUUGCGGCGGAGACACGCAAGCUUGUCCUUGUCCAUACGAGUGCAAAUGUCUAGGAUGCACUAUCCAUAAGCAACCGGCCAUUGGCGGUGAGGGUAAUUCUAGCAGCGCAGGGAAUCAGGGGAACGUACAAAACCUUGUCAACACCUGGUUCCAAGAAGACCCUGUCGAUCUCCCCUGGGAGCCGAAAGAUUUCUUCAGUAGCGAGGGUUAUUAUAAUUUGAGAGCGCCGGUCGGUAUCCUUUACCAUUGCCGACGAAAACGUGGAGUAUGGGGUUGGGAUGCUACGUUCAAUCCGAAUUGA